AUGAGCUCCCGUGGCUUAGCUCUGGCUCCUCCAGCCAAAAACGUGGUGGUGUAUCGCAACGGCGACCCCUUCUUUCCCGGGAGGAAGUUUGUAGUGAACCAGCGGCGGUUCCUGACCUUCGAGGCGUUUCUGAAUGAGGUGACCAAGAACAUCCGUGCCCCCUUGGCUGUGAGGAACCUCUACACGCCCAGGCACGGCCGCCGCGUGGCUGAGCUGGGCGAGCUGCAGGACGGGUGCCAGUACGUGGCCGCGGGCUUCGAAAAGUUCAAAAAGCUCAACUAUUUACACCGUGGAAGGAAGGGGCUCCGUGGGACGAGGAACAGUGAGGGUCUGCAGUUCCGCACCCCAGCUCCCCGGCAGUCGAACGCCUUGGCGCGAUGGCAGAAGCCCGCCCAGCUGCCCCGCACCAUCCACGUUUUCCGCAACGGGGAUUUGCUGAGCCCUCCUUUCCAACUGCUGCUCCCCAGGAGCACCCCGCUGCAGUGGGAAGCACUCCUGGCCAGGCUGUCGGAGAAAGCCAACCUGCGCAGCGGAGCCGUUAACAAGCUCUGCAGGCUGGACGGGACCCAGGUGUCUGGUGCAGAGCAGCUGGUGGAUGGCGACUUCUGUGUGGCAGUGGGAAAUGAAGGGUACAAAAAACUGCCUUACUUCGAGCUGCUGGUGCCCCAGGAUUCUGUGUGCAGGAUGCUGUGGAACCACCCAAAGAGCAAGCACAAAACGCACGGCAGGAGGGUUCAAGCCAGGAAAUCUCGCCCCAAAGAGGAAGAGCCCAUUUUCCACACUAAACCUGUCCGUGCAGGACAAAACAGAAGGAGCAACCGGAGCGUGCAGCAAGAAGAACGUGUCUAUAAAACCAGAGAUCCUCAGAGGGAGAUAAGAGGUGCCCGGGAAGUAAAAGAGGAUGAAUACACAAGGGUGGAUGUACCCACUGAGCAGGUCUGA